CGCGAUGGGCCGCCGCCCGAAUCGACGUAACGCUUGAAGAUGAAGACGGAUUUUCAGUUCUCCAACCUCCUGGGCACCGUCUACAGCAGAGGGAACCUUCUCUUCACACCCGAUGGCACAUGUCUGCUUUCGCCCGUAGGAAACCGGGUUUCCAUAUUCGACCUUGUAAAUUCUAAAUCCUAUACCCUUCCUUUCGCACAUCGUAAAAACAUUGCCCGUCUGGCGCUCAACCCUCGUGGAAACCUGCUGCUCUCCGUCGACGAAGAUGGCCGCGCAAUCCUCACAAAUGUUCCCCGCCGCAUAGUUCUAUACCACUUUUCAUUUCGAGACAAUGUCUCAGCUCUCGCCUUUGCGCCCUCCGGGCGACACUUCGCAGCAGCCGUAGGACGGAAGAUCGAAGUAUGGCAUACACCGUCUACGCCGGACGUAGCGGAUGGAGAUUUGGAGUUUGCGCCCUUCGUGAGGCAUCGGAUGUAUACCGGGCAUUUCGACACAGUGCGGAGUUUGGAGUGGUCAUCAGAUUCGAGAUUCUUCCUUAGUGCUUCAAAAGACAUGACUGCGAGAAUAUGGAGUAUGGACCCCGAGGAGGGCUUUGUGCCCACGACACUAGGCGGACACAAGCUGGCAGUGGUGGGCGCGUGGUUUUCAAAAGACCAAGAAACGAUAUACACAGUGAGCAAGGACGGUGCACUCUUCAUAUGGAAGUACAUGCUUCGAUAUGACGUCCCUGAAGACGCGGAAGAGAACGACGAGAACAUGCAAUGGGGCAUUGCAGACAGACACUACUUUCACCAGAACCAAGCAAACCUCACCUGCGCCGCCUUCCAUCCCGACUCCAACCUCCUCGUCACGGGCUUCUCCCACGGUGUCUUCAUGAUCCACGAGCUCCCCGACUUCAGCCAAAUCCAAACACUGAGCAUCUCCCAAAAUGACAUCGACCACGUCGUCAUCAACAAAACAGGCGAAUGGCUCGCCUUCGGCGCCUCCAAGCUCGGCCAACUCCUCGUCUGGGAAUGGCAAUCUGAAUCCUACGUCCUCAAACAACAGGGGCAUUUCGACUCUCUAAACUCCAUAACGUACUCCCCCGACGGCCAACGCAUCAUCACCGCCGCCGACGACGGCAAAAUCAAGGUCUGGGACGUCACGUCGGGCUUCUGCAUCGUCACCUUCACCGAGCACAUAUCGGGCGUGACGGCCUGCGAGUUCGCCAAACGCGGCAACGUGCUCUUCACGGCGAGUUUGGACGGCUCCGUCCGCGCCUGGGACUUGAUCCGCUACCGCAACUUCCGCACCUUCACGGCGCCCUCGCGGCUCUCCUUCUCGUCGCUCGCCGUCGACCCCAGCGGCGAGGUCGUCGCAGCGGGAUCCAUAGACUCGUUCGACAUCCACAUCUGGAGCGUGCAGACGGGUCAAUUGCUCGAUCGACUAUCUGGCCACGAAGGACCCGUCUCCAGCCUCGCCUUCGCCCCGGACGGCAGCACCCUCGUCUCCGGCUCUUGGGACCGCACCGUGCGUCUCUGGAGCAUCUUCGCUCGCACCCAGACCUCCGAGCCGCUGCAACUCAUGGCCGACGUCCUGGCCGUAGCGUUCCGGCCGGACAGCAAGCAGAUCGCGGUCACGACGCUGGACGGGCAACUCACCUUCUGGAGCGUCUCGGACGCGACGCAGCAAUCCGGCGUCGAUGCACGCAGGGACGUGUCGGGCGGCAGAAAACUGUCGGAUCGCCGGACGGCGGCCAACGUCGCGGGAACCAAGAGCUUCACCACUGUCCAGUACAGCGCCGACGGCAGCUGCGUGCUCGCGGGCGGCAACAGCAAGUACAUAUGCCUGUACGACGUGGUGUCCGGGGUGCUGGUCAAGAAGUUCACCGUCAGCGUCAACCUGAGCCUCGACGGGACGCAGGAGUUCCUCAACAGCAAGUUGCUGACCGAGGCCGGGCCGAAGGGAUUGUUGGACGAGCAGGGCGAGGCGUCGGAUCGUGAGGAUCGCAUCGAUACGAGUCUCCCCGGUGCGCAGCGGGGUGAGGGCGCGAGGAAGACGAGGCCUGCGGUCAGAGUACCCGGCGUGGCGUUUUCGCCCACCGGACGCAGUUUCUGCGCCGCGAGUACCGAGGGCUUGCUCGUGUAUAGUCUCGAUACGGGCGUCAUGUUCGAUCCGUUCGAUCUCGACGUUAGCGUCACGCCGGCUUCGACGCUCGAAACGCUCAAGCGGUGCGAGUACCUCAAGGCGCUCGUCAUGGCGUUUCGCCUGAACGAUCGCGGACUCGUGCGCGCCGUCUACCAGGCGAUUCCCAUCGGUGAUGUGGGGCUCGUUGCGAGGGAGGUGCCGCGCGUCUAUCUGGCGAGGUUGUUACGGUUUGUGGCCGUGCAGGCGGAUGAGAGUCCGCACGUUGAGUUCAAUCUGCGGUGGAUUGAGGCGCUGUUGACGUGGCAUGGGCGGUGGAUGAGGGAGAAUCGGGGAGGGCUGGAGGCCGAGGUGAGGAGUGUGGAGAAGGUCGUGAGGAGGUUGCAAGGGGAGAUUGUGAGGGUCGCCGAAGAGAAUGUCUAUAGGGUUGAGUGGAUUUGUGGGAUGAAGAGGGAGGGGAAGGAGAGGGAGAGGUUGGCGAUAGAGUUUGGAGGGAGAAGGGAGGAGGAGGAGAGGGAUGAAGUUAUGGUUGAUGGGGAGGAGGAGGGGAGUGAAGGCGAGGGGGAUGGAGAGUGGAUGGGGUUUGAGUGAUUGAGGGAGUUGUUUUGAUAUCUGUAUGCAUGGAUGGAUACGUUGUGUGUAAUGUUCACGGCUCGGGACUUGGGAUAACGGAAAAGGUUUGAUGAAGUAGCUUUUUGGUC